GGCAGCUAGACACACUAGCUGGAGCCGGUGUGUGUGUUUCGGUGUCGCGGUAUCGCGCGUCUUCCGUCCCCGUUGAUGCUGUUAAUGUCAGAGAAGGAACAGCAUUUUGACACAUGAGUUUUUAAACCCCGGUGCUAAAACCAUACCGGCUGGAUGAGUGGGCCAACCUUCACCCCCCCGACUGCAGAGGUGGCUGAGAUGAACCGCAUCCAUUAUGAGUUGGAGUACACGGAAGGCAUCAGCCAGCGGAUGCGAAUCCCUGAGACGCUCAAGGUGGCCUCUGAGAACCAAACGGGGUCCCUUCCACUUCAGCAGCCCCUGCUCGCUCACACGACUCUAAUGCAGGUUCCUGAGAGGAUUGUUGUUGCAGGUGAUGAUGGGGACCCUCGAUUUGCUCGUCCAAGAGACUUGGACCUGAUUCAGUCCGUCCCUCCCAUGGACCUCCUGAACAUGAAGGCCCCGCCGCAAGUCCUCACCCUUACAGAACAGCCACUGGACUCCCUUGAGACUGACCAAGCUGCCUCUUCACAGAGCAAGCCCAGCCAGGUGGCCCAGUUUCAUGCUCGCUCUCGAAGAGAACGCAGUGCGAGUGAGAACAUAUCUGGCCGCCACAGCAGUCAGAUCAGCAGAGGUGAUAUAAGUGUAACCCCUUCCCCUUCUGCCCCCCCAGUCCGCUUGUGUCCCCCCCUCUGUUCCCCUGAGGAUGCGAGCAUCAACCUGUUCACAGCUGCGGGGUUCCUAUCUUAUAUCCAGUCAACAACACGCCGAGCGUACCAGCAGGUCCUUGAAGUCCUGGAUGACAGCCACCGCAGGACGCACCUGGACUUGGCCCUGGAUAUAAACCCUGAUGAGUCUGGCUUGGUGGAUGCAUCCUCACUACGACGACAGAUUGUGAAGCUGAACCGGCGUCUGCAGCUGCUGGAGGAAGAAAACAAAGAGCGUUCCAAGCGAGAGGUGAUCCUGUAUUCUGCUACUGUGGCGUUCUGGCUUAUUAACACGUGGAUAUGGUUCCGUCGCUGAGGUGGGACGAAACCGAGCCUCCCAGAACAGUGGAAGCCAAAGCAAUUCCUUGUUAAAGGUGCAACCAAUUAAAAUAUGUGUCAUGACAGGAAACUAUAACAGCCAUGACCAUGUCUUAAACCGAAACCAGUUAUGUUUUUAUAGCAAAUUCUAUAUUGAGAUUUGACUUACAUAUUUCAAGCUUAACACUGUCAAGGUAAGACCUGAGCCAGCGUACAUAAUAUUUAGUAUAUCUACUCAGUGUUACAGUUUUCCACACUGGCAGACUCUAACUUCAGGCCUGGUAACAGAGUGAUUUUGGUGAGGUGUCCCCACAGCACUCAAAUUAAGAGUAAAGCUAAAGGUAGCAGACUUCACAUUUCAGUUUCAUCUAUGUAUCUUACUCCUGUAUAAACUGGCAAACAACAAGCUGGAUAAAACACAAUGACAAUACAACUGACAGUUUCCAAAAUGUUUGCAUCUGCUUUGAUGUAGUAAGCAGUUCUUUGCUAUGUUGUAGCCACAACAAAUACUAGCUACCUUAUUAGGCUAAAACUAGCUACAGCAUCAGUUGCUGUCCAACGAAUAUAAUGUCAACCCUAAAUCAGUUGAGGUUUGAGUCUGAAAAUUCCUCCAUCUUUCAGAUGCUCCUUUCAAAUACUUACUUGGGUGUAGGAGAAGUUAAAUUUCCCACAGAUUAUAUAGAGACUACUUUACAGCAGCAAAGGAGUGCCUGGCAUGAAUCAGCAAAAAACUGCAAAUCCUUAUUGAUAUAUUACGGAUAUUUUGUGCAAAGAGCUAGGAAAAUGUUGCUGACUGCACCUUUGAGCUUCAUAAAUCCUUUGCACAGCAACAACAGAUGAUGCAGUGAUGUUUACUGUCAUUCAUCUUAGUGAGAGUAAACAAAGUUUGUGAUUGAAACUUUUUAGCCUCAGGAGAAGAAUGAUUAGAGGGGAAACAACAAUUUACUUUACAAAUGUUUUGGGAACCAAGCCCAGAGCUGGGACUAUAGUUACAGGACCAAACCUCAGACCUGACCUGUCUUUUCUGUUCGAAGUCUAAAUUCAUCAGUUUGGUCAAAUAUUACCAUUCUUAAAGUGUCAGUAAGAUGACCUAAUCUAGAGAUGCCAUAACCUUGACCCUGAAUGUUCUUUGAGUUCCUCAUUACCCAAAACAUCUGUGUACAGUACUUAAAUAGCCUGUUGUUGAAAUAUUGUAGUUGAUCCUUAAUAUUUUUUGUACCUCUCUGGCAGUCACAUGUCAGUGAUUGUGAUAUGAGCCUGAUGCAGUGGCAACAAAACUACUAAAGGGAUGGUACUGGGGGUGUUAUUUGUGAAUGAAUAAUGUCCUGCCAUGCUGUUUAUACAGUUACAGCUUGUUUUUCCAGAUAAUUUGACCACUCAUGAUUUCCACUGUUACCUACAAGACUAAAAAAAAAGCAUGGACUAUGUGUUUUUAUCCGUCAUAGAGUGUGAUAUAAAUCUUAGUGCUACUGUGUGUAUGAUCAUGUGUAAUAGAGGAAUAUGUAUAUGAAAUAUUGAUGUCAUUAUUUUUGAAUAAGAACAUGUAAUUUCAAGGAGAUUUAUUUAUCACACAUGCAGAGGCAUCGGCAAAACCUUGCAAUGUGAUGGGGUUUUUUUUUUCGUUUUGCACUGUAAUUAUCACAUAAAGCUUGUUUUAAGUUAUAUAUCUUAGUUUCUUUGUAGAAUAUGGAUACAUUCAUUGUAUUUGUAAAUACUUUUGCUGUAAUAAAUGAUGAAUGUUCAUUUCA